AUGGCAAUGGAGAUUUUACCUAUACGUUGUCCUAAUACUCGAGUGAAGAUAAUUGCAGCACCUGCUCCUCUGGGUCAACUCACGAACUUUGGCCACCCGUCAGGUCCUCCAGCAUCUCUUACUCCACAGCGAUCGACGCAAUCAGGCACUUACUCGGAUCAAUUAAGGAUGCAACAGUUUUUCACCAUGGGGAUGCCAGUGAAUGAAACAAGUCAGCGGGAUAUUUGUGUCGUCUGUCACGAUAACGCUAGCGGCUAUCACUAUGGGGUCAUGAGCUGUGAAGGUUGUAAGGGUUUCUUCCGCCGAACAGUCCAAAAAAACAUGGAAUACACAUGCCACAAGGAGAAGCAAUGUCCAGUGGAUAGGGGUUUCUUCCGCCGAACAGUCCAAAAAAACAUGGAAUACACAUGCCAUAAGGAAAAACAAUGUCCAGUGGAUAGGGAUUUCAUUGGUCGAAUCAGGGAGUUCGUCUCCAAAGUCUCGUUAUUCAAAGAGUAUUCGGAAGAUCAGCUGGCAGCAAAAAUCCAAAAGGGAGCGCGUGGAUGCAUGGUUAGUCAAGAGGCACAAAAUUCGAGUAGUUUUAUCAGUUAG